AUGCAAACGCUGAGUGUCCGUGUCCAAAACGGCGUCUACGAAGAACACAUUCUCAACGCGAGUACCAUCCUGCAGCCCUAUGGGGAUCUCACGCCAGCAAAAGAAUGGAAUCUAACCUACGAAUUCCAUCCUGACUGCCAGAAUGCAGCGCUACCGUCCCACUGCGACCCAAAACCAAUCAAUAUCACCAUUCCCCGACAGCACUACGACAAUGUCCUCGGGUCGCUUAGAUUCAUCUUGCCGUCUGCCAACGCGACAACCGCCCGACAGGCCGGUCUAUGGGGUGCCGGCAGAACGAACCCAGGUGGCGCAAUAUAA